AACACCUCGCAGCCACCCACUGCGCAGGUCUUGAAUAUGGAGGAGGUCUCUACGAUCAACGUAUUCCACUCGGAAUACCAUUAUCUCCUCGGUAGCUCACUUCUGGGCGCGUUCUUCGUUCUGUUGGUGGCGCCAACGUUUUGGGGUGGGUGGGAGAUUGGAAGGAGUGUGACCUUGAACUCGAUAGAGAUUUCCAAAGCGUUUGAAGCGCCAUUCUUCCAAGGAUCGGGCUCCAAUGCUACUGAACAUGAACUGGUUCAGAAUAUGGGCUCGCGCUUGUUGAGAUAUGGAGAGGCCGAUGAUCAAACCCGUGCAGAAGGUUCGAAGAGACAGCUGAAGCUUGCUGAUCCACCCGAGAUAGCAACCCCGACCCCUUGUGCCUUCAGAAUCGAGAGAAUUGAAUAA